AUGGCACUGACAUUAUUCUUAUUUAAAGUUUGUAAUAUUGAUAGUUCCAAUCCUAAAGUUGAAGCUCAGGGUGAAAAUGAUGAUCAAUCAAUAACUAAUAUGCCAACA